GUUGGUGGCACGGGGGCCAUGGCGCCAAAAGCUGUGAAUCAAGAAAGUGAGCUGGACUGCAGCUUGGUCCUCGGAGCAUGGUCUGAAUGGCGGUCGAUGUUGCGACUGGACGAGCAGUGAGCGCAUCAACGAGGCUGCUUCUGCAGGUUUAUGCUCAUCACAACAGCCCUGCGAAGUAGAUCUAGACACAGGAGUGUAAGGGGACAGGACCAAGGGUCAUUUAAAGGAGGAGCUGGCGGCAAGCUCUCAUGCACAUGGCUUGCAGCAAUAUUUAGACGCGAAUCACAAUUGGGGGUCUGUUCUGUACUUGCCUCAUGAAGGCGUGAUUUGCUCACCAAGUGAGCGGGUUUUGCCUGAUUGUGUGCUUUACUUGCGAUGGUUCAGUGGUACAGGCUGUGAUAGCACAGUGGUACAGGCUGUUGUAGCUUGAUGUCAGGGGCACACUUGAAAAGACGCCAUUCAUCUGAGCAGCAACCAUUUGUACACAGCCUGUAAUUGAAUCAGUGCAUGCACUGGGGAGCUUCGGCAUCAGAAAGCACGGUUCCUUAAGCACUUUCAUAGAGGGUCCUAAAAGGAUUCAAAAUACCUAUAAUUGAAAGUCAUCAGCUCAAGCACUGGAGCCCUCUUGGGGAGGAAAUGCAGAUCAGGCUAGACUAUGAGCCGCAAUGACAGAUCAACUCCUGGAAACAAUCUAGAAAAAUGGUUGAGGCUAAGGCUGCUGAAUUCAGUUGUUCACGCAGAACUUGAAUAGAACCUAGAUCUCGGGGCUUCUAAAGACAAUGAUUGGACAAGACUACUGGAGGGUUUUGCAGGCUCGCUAGAGCGCUUCUGUCAGAUGAGGCAUUGAUGACCGAGCGCAUUUCCCCAAGACCCAGUGCGGAAGCACGAGUGCCGGCCCCUGCUGCCAGCAUGCCCCCUUCCUCUCCCCUUCAGGGGAUGCCUCCCAUGCAGCAAUCGAUCCCCCUGGGAGACAUGACAGAACUCAGUGGGCCCCUGUCUUCAAUCUGCCUCCCCUCAAUUGCUACAGCAACGUCUCCCCUAGACUACAUUGACGGGCUUCCAUCUGACAAGAAGGAAGGAGAAGAGGUGCUCCAAUAUGAGCAGCAGGGAUCGGGGAACGCUGGCAAGUCUGAAACCGCCGAUUCUAAUCUUCGAGGGGGGGUGGAAGUGAAGCUGGGGCAGAGUGGCAUGCCAGAGGGGGAUAAGCUGGCGGAGUUAGACUUCCUUCGGCAGAGCAUUGAGAGUUACAGGGGCCCACAUGGGGAGCGCUUGCAGCUCGUCCCAAUCGCGUCUGGUGACGGCGCAAGUGUUACUUUGGGGAUCAAUGUCACUGGGGAGGAAGCAGAGCCGGCAGCCGCAGAAGCCGCUCCGGGACCGAGCCUCAGCCUCUCACCUCCCGCUCCGGGUGUCCCUUCUGCCGCUGGGGCGUUUGGCUUGGAUGCAGAGACAAGUGAAGGGUUCCAGGGUUUGGAGGUUCCGAGCAUGGUCCCGGUAGAAGCUACCGGGGGUUUAGCGUCGGGCACCGGCGGUGCCAGCUUUUCCGAGGCGUAUGAUGUGAACAGCGGAGUGCUCGCUGGGGCAGAUAUCAGUGGUCCUGAUGUACUGGGGGGGAGCUUCAGCCCUGGGGGAUUGGCACCACCCACCCAUCAGGAGUCGACUGCUGCUGUGGUUGAAGACUGCGGUGUCCAGAAGCCCGGGGUGGUGCUGGAAAACCCCCCUCGGCGGCGCAGGAGCGGCGGGUUUGCCCGGAAGCGCAGCAGGUUUGGGGAAGGGACCAAGGGGGCACGUCCGGUGUUGGGGAGUAUGGGUGCGCCGUUUGGGAGCCGCGAACUGAUUGGUGAAAAUGAGAACCAGGUGGUGGUUGAUUCUGGCGGGGUCAGUGGUCAGCAGGGGGGCCUGGGCCAGUUCAUAACCCCUGGUCAAGUGCAGGGUGUCAACGAAACCAAGGCAGGGGAGGCAACAGAAGGAGCGCUUGGGGAAUCUGGGGUGCAGGCCGCAGCGGUCGAUGAAGAGAACAAGUCGUUGAUGCAUGGGAUGGAGGCGGCGUUUGGAUCCACGGAGAGUUUGCCGAGCGCAUUUGAGAGAGUGCUUCAGAACCAAGCUCUGUCCGAGGCUCAAGAUGAGCAGGGCCAACCAUACCCCCCGCUGGAACGAACUAGUUCUGGGGGUCCCGUCCUGGGGGGCCCAGCAGGCAGCAUUGCCCCCCUGGGAUGGGCCGCCAGCAUUUGGCGCACCCCCUCCCCCAUCCCCUGGCCCUUUAACCUCCCCCCCACCGCGUCUCCUCCCGUUUCCCCCUCUAGUCCCCGCUCUUUCGACUCUGGUUUCGGCCACCUGGGCUUUCUCUCUGGCCCGCACCCCAGUUUCCAAGACCUGAUGCGCCAGAACAGUCUAGAGAAUGAGGUCCUCUCACCAAUCUGGCGACCGGGAAGCGCUCUCCAGGCGACUUUGAGUGGGGGUUUUGAGAGCGGUUUUACGUCGGGUCAGGGUCUAACUCGGCAGAGCAGCUUGGAAGAAGGCACGGUCUCCCCCAGUUGGCGGCCCGGGUCUGCUUUUCAGCCCGUCUUCCCGAGCGGUCAGGUGCCCGGUUACGCUAACCUCCAGGUUCCGUCAGAGGAACCUGACAGCAAGAAGAAGGUGACGCAGGUGCCCGGUUACUAUCCUGGGUUACCCCUAACUCAGGAGAGUCCAGAGGGGUCCCCACGUGGAAGGUUGGCAGCCGGAUCGGGGGCUGGGUCAGCACCCAACCCGGGGCAGGUCAUUGCUCGCCCUAAGGCGAUAACUCCCCAGGUCCCGUUCACGUUAGAACGGGUUCUGGCGGCUCAACAGCACUCGAGGGUGUCUGAAGAGGUGGGGGCACCCCAGGGUUUCGACAUGUGGGAAGCUGGAAAGAAGAGCGGUGAAGAGAGUGGGAGGAGGGAGGGGCAAAGGAGUGGCGGCCAAGAUGAGACAGGGAGCGAUCUUUUGAGGGGAGGGAAAAAACGGAACCCAGAACGGAGUGGAAGCGUGGACUGGAGCCGGUUUGAGGGAAGCCUGGAGAACAUCCGGUCUAGCCCCUCCGGGUUUGAGGCCACCAGCACGAACCCGCUGGUGUUACCUACUGAGGCUUGGCCGGGCAAACAGUAUAUGGGGAGCGGGUUUUACAACGCCAACCCCGGUUACGGCCCUUCUUAUCUGGUCGACGGUUACCCCGACGCGGCCAGUCUGCAACAGGCUGCAUACGAGGAAGAGCAGCGCCGUGUCAUACAGCAGAACUGGCCGCACUCGCCACCGCAGGGCCACGUGGUCGGAACACGUGGCGGCCAGGGUGCGGUCCCCGCCUUAACCCUUCCCCAGAGUCUUGAUACGGUUGCUGUCGGGGCCACCCCAGGUGCGUCGCCCCCUUUCGGUGCACCUGCUGACAUCACCAGCCCCGCAGCCAACAGCAACUUGCCAGCUGUCCCAACAGAGACCCAUUUCGCUGGGGGCCAGCCGUUCUUCCCCGGACCUCCUGUGAGGAGUGUGAAAAGCCUCCCGGUCAGUCGAGGUCGGAAGCGGAAACUGGGCAGCACGGCCUCGGACUCGUCGGCUGAGAUGCGGAAAGCAAGCAGCCAGCCCGCACUUUCUGGGAGCUCUCCCUCCAGUGGGGAUACAAUCAGUCAGGACGCCACCCCACCACCGCCCCCCCCGCAGCGACCGAAACCAAUUGCACCGAAAAUUGAGGCCCGGGGAUCCCCAUUCUAUCCCGCCGGACCUGCGUUGUUUCAGACCGCUAAACCCCAGCAGGGGUUUCCAAGUCCUCUGCUGAGGGUGCGCCUGAUGGACUUGGUCCUGAGAGACGGGUCCGAGUCCGAGUCACACGAAUUUGCGGUCCGGAACUUGGCGGCUUCUCUGCAAAACGCAAACGCCGCCGUUUUGCAGCUGAGUGCCGAGGACGCAAAGCUGGUUAGGGACGGGUUAAUGGCGCAAAGGCUGUUCUUUGAGGGGAGGAGGCCCGGCGAGUUGAGCAGGGUUAGGGAGGGGUCAACGGAGGGUUACGAUGUGGGCGGUUUUGUGCGGCGAGGGAGGGGCGUGACAUUCCUACACAGGGCCGGAAGGCCGUACCAGGACUCUCAGCCACCCCUUCUGCCCGACCUGUACCGUCUCCUCGGAGAAGUCUCCCGGACCGUUCUCGCUGCCACUGCGCGCCACGUGGGCCUCCGUGCGGACGCCUUUUCGGAUCUUCUGGACGACGUCCCUCUGCCACGUGGCACGACGGGGUCGAGCGUCCUUGCAAGCGAGCGGCCCGGCCCCGGGGGACCCCCCGAGGGGCCUCCCGAGAAGCAGGACGGGGAGGUGCGGAUGGGCCGGGGCUUUUUCACAUUGGUGGCGGCAGACAGCCCGGGCCUUCAGGUUUCGGACGCCCAAGGCUUUUGGUACUUGGCAGACCAGCAACUCUCUCCGGGCGACAUCCUCGUUCUCCCAGGCCAAGCCCUCCACGUCAUCACCGCCGGCGCUCUAAACCCUGCUCUGCACUGCAUCAACCCGGCCCCGAACCCCGCGUCAAACUCCGGGUUAACGCCCCAAACCGUCAAUUCUGGGGCGCGAACUCAGGUUACGUUCCACCUGAACCCGCGUCCAGACGCGCAGCUCUCGGCGGCGAAGCUCCACGCCAGCGGGCGUGCGGUUGCGCCGGCGUUUCUGCAGCCCGUGAUUGCGAGGGAGUUUAUGGAGCGGGCCGUCGGGACAAUGGCGGACCGGUCGCAGGGAGCCGAGGCUUCUCCCCUCCCGGAGCCCACCCUGCGUUACACUCUGUCCGACCCUCUGAGCGGCGCUCCAAUGAUCGACUCCCUCCUCGCGCGCUGCGGUCACUCGUUUGGCGCGGCCAGCAUGCUGCGGGUGGCAGAGAGUGGGUCGUGUCCCCUCUGCGGAAAGGAAGUAAACAUGGCGACUUUGGUGCCCAACCCAGCGCUUCGAAACGCCGCAUCGUUCCUUGAGACUUCCGUCGCCCACCCCCCUUUCCCCCGCUUUCCAAUCGACAACCCGCUCCCCCCUCCGACCGGGCUCUUCUGGGACCAAUUACGUCAGCGGCAAAUGGUCCCUCAGCGCCGGCCCGUCCAGCCGGCGCCGCACCCGCCAGGGUUUGGGGGUUUAGGUCCUAACCCCGCCGCUGAAAACCCGCUCAACAACCCAGGGUUCGGGGCGUUGGCUCCAACGGCGCUAACGCCGUUCAAGCGCAAACUGGAGCCGCAGACCGGGGACAGGCUUUACGGCUGGCCGCCAGGGUUUCAGGGUUUAGGCGACCCGCGGCUCGUGAAGCGGCGGCCGGAAGGCGCGGCCGCGAGCGGGCAGCCCGAGAAGCCUCGGGGGGUGCAGUACCCGUACAAAGUGCGCGAGCAUGUGGUAAUCAAGGGCAACAAACGGACGCCGGCCCACGUUGUCGGGAAACGCGCCAUCAUCACGGAGCAGUGCCUGAACGGCUGGUACAUGGUACGUACCUUGGACCACGGAGAGACCCUCCGACUGCAGUACCGGUCACUUGAACGCCUAACCAAUAAGCCGGACCAGCGUCCGGUGGGCGCUCCGAAAAACACGGUAGACAUUCCGGGGUCCUCGCUCAGCAACCCCGUGUCCAUAGAUAUGCAAACGCAAGCCAUGCAAAGUCAGACUAGCGGCGUACAUAAGUCAACAGAGAAUAAGGCGGUGGCCAUAGCAGCCCGGAGCCAGCAACUGGUCAUGAUGGCGCUCAACCGGCGGACCUCGGAGGCGCCAAAAGCGCAGACGGAAAAGGUGCAAAUGCCAGGGAAUAAGCCGCCCAAACAGACAGCAGAUGCACGCCCUCAAAUAAAGCCUGCCGCACCGGCUCCGAGCGCUGAUCAAACCGGAGGCCCGGCGAGCAAAGCACAUGUAGAGGUUGAUAAGCAGAAAAGGUAGCCGGCAGAGGAAAUCUCUGUGCGGGGCUGAGGAUGUCAUACAGAUUCUCAGCGAUUGUAAAUGGGCUGUACCCCUCCAGAACGAUAAAGGACUGGCAGUGUUAACACAAAGAUCAUAGGAUUUUGAAUACAGGUGAAUAGUGCGCCAAUGAAACGAUGUGCAUAUGAUAAGCAAGAAACAUAGACACUGCAUCUAGGGACAGGUAGGAGGCCGCCGAUUGAAAGAUGUUUUUGAGGAGGCGUCACAAAUCUGGAGUGCACUUCCGUGUCGCGCACCUGGCAUAAAUUAGUCUUGCAUGAUGACUGUGAGACUCCCCGGAG